ACUAAAGUAUUAAAAAACAUGGGCAAUUAAUUCACUUAUCAUUUUUCCCCAAAAUGAAUCCUCAUAUAAUAGGACAAACCAUAUUCAGUCUAGUAUGCAAUGCAACGUGUCAAGGAGUUGCUGGGUGGAUCUGUUGAACUGGAUCGUAUUCCCGAUUACGGGCCCUUGGACCUACCCGAAUACAGCAAGUUUUUGGAGGAGACUAAAACUCAGUUCUACACGAGGUGGAACGAUUUACUAAGUAAGAAAGAACAACCUAUAAACCUGCAAUACAACGGGUAUUCUUUAGACGAUUUCCAGAGAAUUAAAUUAAUAGGAGCGGGCAACUUUGGUAACGUGUACCUAGUGAGCAACAUAAAGACUGGAGCGUUCCACGCGAUGAAAUCAGUCCUGAAAACGACGGUCGUCCGGCUGAAGCAGGUGAACAACGCGCGGACGGAGAAGUUAGUCCUGCAAUGUACGACGUGUCCCUUCACCAUCAGACUCGACUACUUUUUCAAAGACAACAGUUACUUGUACUUCGUCUUGCCUUUUGUGCGAGGAGGAGAUUUGUUUCGGCAUCUUCAGCGGUCGAACCAACUGAGCGAGCUUUCGGCAAUGUUUUACCUCGCUCAAGUGAUUCUGGCUAUAGAAUAUCUCCAUUAUAUGGACAUCAUCUACAGAGACUUGAAGCCAGAGAACGUUCUGAUCGAUCACACGGGCUACAUUAAGCUAACAGAUUUUGGUUUCUGUAAGCGCCUGACCAGAGGCAGGACCUACACGAUCUGCGGCACUCCGGACUAUAUCACGCCUGAGACUCUCCGCAGUGAGGGGUAUGGCAAGGGGGCGGACUGGUGGGCCGUGGGGGUGCUCGCCUACGAACUCACCGUCGGAGUCCCUCCGUUCAAAGACAAAUCCGACUCUAAGCGCUAUUUUAAGAUAGUCUCGGGCAAAUACAGUUUACCUCCUCCAUUGAGCGAGGAGCUUAAGGAUCUUAUAUCAAACGUGUUGCAAAUAGACAAAACAAAACGAUUCGGAAACAUGAGUAAAGGUGUAAAUGACUUCAAAACUCACAAGUGGUUCAAGCCUCUGAACUGGAUGGCUGUGGCUUGUAGGAAGGCCAGUCCCCCGUUCACACCUGACGUGGACGCUGAGAAUGAUACAAGACACUUCAAAGACCUGACUCACCGCUCACUCAGGGUUGCCGAUCAUGUGGAAUGUGGUCAAGAAUUUGCCGACUUCUGAAUACAUUUUGUUCGUUGUUAAAAAUCCUGGUAAGUUAAACCUAU